AUGGGAUUUUUCGACCACCUUCAGAAGGGAGGAGCGUUCUCGUUACAGCCGAAGAAACCUCAGAUUCGCAAAGUCGUUCAAGCGCGCCCUGCCCCUCCGUCGAGAUCAUCCUCACACACUCCAGCCGGUUCGUCGCGAAUCUCACCGUCCGAGAAUUCGAAGAAAACCCGCGGUUCCGAGAGCAGGUCAGUAUCGAGGGACCCCGAUCUUGCCUCGAAACGCCGAUUAGGGACUCCUCGACAAAGCCGCAAGCGACCAACUCCAGAGCAGCGACUGUCCAGCGACGAGGAUGAGAGCGACACCGACGCCUCUUUCGAGGUGCGCAAACGAGCCCGAACAGGUGAUAGUGCCGAGCCAGAUUUUGAGAGACGAGUGCGUUCGUUAAAAGCAUUUUCGGAAGAUCAUGUGAAACCGCUGCCUAUGGUCCACGCGGCGGAAAUCACCUCGAUCCAGAAGGCCGGGAACUUCUGGCCGGCUUUUGGUGAGAAGGUCCAAUCUACGGAGAUUUCACUACAAUAUCCUAGUGCAUCUCCUAAGGAAAGAUACAACCUCGUGGUUCCUCGUGACAACGACGACUUCAAGCCUAUUGAUGAUAUAUUCUCGGUUGUCGAUAUUGUGUCUCAGACCCAUAUUCCCGAAGAUGAAGCAGACGAGUUCAACAACGAGUCGACCGGUAUCAAACGGAGGUUGCGGCGAGCGCUGGCACAGGGUUCAGAGAAUGAUUUUCGCCAAGUCGUGACGGAUUAUAACCAGGCGAUAGAACGGUUGAGGCGCAGUGGCAGCAUCGCGAAGAAGUUGGACUCGACCCAUCGGUUGAAUUUGCCUCUGGUGGAGCGCAUUCUCACUCAAAUCUAUUCCCGCACUGUUUCGCCUCGAGUCGAGUCCCUGCGUCAGUAUGAGAACGGAACCGACAACGUCUACGGCGAACUGCUCCCUCGAUUUAUCAGCACGAUUUUCAAGGAAACCGGUCUCAAAUCUGGCCAGGUCUUUGUCGACUUGGGAUCAGGCGUCGGGAACGUCGUCCUACAGGCGGCCUUGGAAAUUGGCUGCGAAAGCUGGGGCUGCGAGAUGAUGCAGAAUGCGUGUGACCUCGCCAAUCUUCAGCAAUCUGAGUUCAAGGCUCGUUGCAGGCUUUGGGGAAUUGCCCCAGGGAAAACGCACCUGGUGUCCGGCGACUUCCUGCGAGAACAGAGUAUUAUCGACGUCCUCAAGCGUGCAGACGUGAUCCUGAUCAAUAACCAAGCAUUUACCCCACAACUCAAUAACGAGUUGAUCAACCACUUCUUGGAUAUGAAAGAGGGAUGCCAGAUCGUGUCGCUCAAGUCAUUCGUCCCGGCCGGUCAUAAGAUUCAGUCCCGGAACCUGAACUCCCCCAUCAACCUCCUGAAAGUCAAGCAGAGGAACUAUUGGUCCAACAGUGUAAGUUGGACGGAUGUCGGUGGAACAUACUUCAUCGCCGCCAAGGAUAGUUCCAGACUGAAGGCUUUUGUGGAAGAUAUGGGGUGA